GCUGGUAGCAGAUCUGAACCAUGGACUUAUGUAAACGAUGAAGCCUCACCACUCUCGUCUCGUGUGGUCUCGUCCUAUAAAUAUACGGCCACCUCGCAAUUUCUCGUACGACAAUCGAUCGUACCUCAUAACCCAUCUAGCUGCCCAGCUUUCUGUCUCCUUUUUCUUCUCUCUCUCGCUCACAUACACACAUUCAAUGUCCGGUGUGUGGAUAUUUGACAACAAUGGCGUGGCUCGCUUAAUCACCAAUCCAACUAGGGAAUCCUUCGAGCAAAAAGAGCCACCCUACCCAGGGACAGCCACUGCACCCGGCGCUCGCCCCCGGGUCCUCGUAUACCUUCCGGCUAACCACGUCAUCCGCUCCUACUCCGAGCUCGAACACCGUCUCAACGAGCUCGGCUGGUCUCGCUACCACAACCCCAGCCGCCCCGACUUCCUUCAGUUCCACAGGUCAGAACACUCCCCCCACUUGAUCUCCCUUCCGAAAAACUUCGCCAACUUUAAGAUCCGUCAUAUGUAUGACAUCGUCGUCAAGAAUCGCUCUUUCUUUGAAGUUCGCGAUGCCACGGCGUGAGAUACGUGCUUCACCAUCAAUGUCCCCCCCCCCCCCCCCCCCCCCAACACCAAACCAAAAAAAAAAAAAAAAACAGUACCAAAGAGUGGUGCGUUAACGAGUGCUGGCCGUUGCUGAGUUUCUCCAUUUUCUUGGGUUAAGUUUGUAUUCUGGCGGUGUUUACUUUAGCAAAUUGUUUUUGCCAUGGCCGUGACCCUGAAAAGGGUAGUGCAAUUGAAUGUGGUUAAUACGUGACUGCGGAUGCUUUAUUCUGAUUUCCAUUCUCGUUGCGGUGUUGUUUCAGCCACCAAAUUUGUUGUUUCUUAUAUAUCCAUCUCUCACAUCGUGGGACCGGCUAUGAAAGCAACGACUUUGAUCGUGGCUUCCAAGUACUGUUCUCUAGCUCUGUUCUGAUCAUGGCUUUCUAGGUCGGUUUCGUUUGCCCCUUAUUCUUUCUUUCUUUUCUUAUCUUAUAAUUAAAUUACUGCUCGCAUGACUCUA